CAGUUGUGCAGCUGCCACACGUACGUGCUCAUAUCCGGGGAGAAAUCGGGAGGGAGAGAGAGAGAGAGAGAGAGACGUCCCUCUUCUUUGAAUGUGUUGCUCUGCAGACGCGUGCGUGACCUAUCUGCUCCCGGAUUUCCCUUCAACUUUUUUUUUUUUUUGCAUUUUUAUACUGUUUUCGUCGUCGCCUUCAUUCAUCAUUUGAGCCUUUGGAAUGAACUGUUUCCCUGCCUGCGUCGUUUCCAUGUCAGCAUGGGAACUGCUGUGUCCAGAAGGAAGAAUUUAAGAAACGAUGCGAUAUCUUCUGUGGCAGCAAAAGUUAGAGCAGCGCGAGCAUUUGGAGAGUACCUGUCCCACACACACCCUGAAAACCGAAACGGAUCAGCUCAUCUUCUGUGUGAAACCUUGGUGGGUCCAGACCCAGAGUCACCUAGUGAUACGACUGGCCCCAACAACACCAAUUGCCUCCAUCUCUGCACCACCACCACCAAGAGCUCUGAGGACAACCCAGAACCGAGCCUAGUGACACAGUCACUGGGCUUACACGAACCACCUCCUCCUUCCAUCAGAGUUUCUACAAAGCCGACACGGUUGUCCCUCGAGCGCAGUUUCUCUGCGGAGGAAGACCAACAGAAGGGUGUGGAGUGCACCUUGCAGCCUGCCCGCGUGUACACCAUCACUAGCCAGCACGGUAUGCUGAUGAGCAGCAGCCGGAGCAGCAAGGAGAGCCUAGAACUGGACGUCCUAAAGGAAAAGUCGAGGAGUGGCGGGCUGGGAUCCAGAGGUGGCUUGAUCCAGCCUUCCACUUCCCCUUCCUCCACUUCUUCCUCUCCAACCCAGUACCAUUACGCUGGCAGCAGCCGUGGUGCCAGCUGUUGUGGUGCCAGUCACCACCACGGAAACCACCACCACCACACUGUCUCAGGCACAAAUAUGCCAUCCAGCAGUGGGGCAAGUGGAAGCAGCAGCAGCAACCAGCAGCAGCAGCAGCCUCUGAAUGUCCCUGGGUCCCAUGCUCAUCAUGCAUCACAUCACUCCCACCACCACCAUCAUCUGUCUCAGCCACCGCUCCACACAUCCGUCAGCGCCCACAACAUUCGCAGCUGGGGAGAGAGCGGAAAAGGGGAGGCGGAGUGCAGCAGGCUGGCCUGUGACUCAUAUAGUGGUGCCCCCUCGCGGAGCCAAGGCUCCUUGGACUUGGAGAGUGCAUCCCGAGAGGCAGGCAAGCAGCACAGACGCCUAGAGCGGAUGUGGAGUGUGGAUCGGGUGACUGGGCUGGAGAGAGAAGACACAAACUGGUUCCCUAAGGAAAAUAUGUUCACCUUUCAAACUGCGACAACCACCAUGCAGGCGAUAUCGAACUUCCGGAAGCAUCUUCGGAUGGUGGGCAGCAGAAGGAUUAAAGCACAGACAUUCGCUGAGCGUAGAUCGAAGAGUUUCAGCCGUUCCUGGAGCGAUCCCACCCCUGUCAAGACUGACUCUCCUCAUGAGCCCAGAGACAGUGGAGACCUGCAGACCUCCUGUGGUACCCCAGAUGAAGGAGGCCUCGAUGACACUAUAGACUGGGAAGAGGAGAGGGAGAUGGAGAGGCUGGCCUGUGAGGGAGAUGACUUUAUACCUCCCAAAAUUAUGCUGAUAUCAUCUAAGGUCCCCAAGGCAGAGUACGUUCCCACUAUAAUCCGCAGAGAUGACCCCUCCAUCAUCCCUAUCCUUUAUGACCAUGAACAUGCCACUUUUGAUGACAUCUUGGCUGAUGAAAGCUGUCAUAAGGACAACAACAUUUACGUGACAGCCAGUAUGAGGGGGUCGAAGUGACAUCAGUUUCCUCCUUUGAAAAGACAAGGAAAUCUGUCAGCUUGUGUCAUGAGCUUAGACUGCACAGCAGUUUGCCUGAGGAGUGGCUUCUGAACCCUGACUCCUACUGUGUGAGUUAAAGGUCAGGAAAAUCACUUGAGAUUAAAGCUUACUGCAGUCACAUGUCUAAAUAGUUUCCAUCUAGCUAAUUUGGUCUGUUCAUUCGGAACCAGUUAGCAAAAUGAAUCCAAUAUUAUACUGAAAGUUGGCUUCUGCAUUCUGAAAACGAUCCUGCGUUGCUCAUAACACAAGCACUUAGAGUAAAUGGUCCUAUGAGUUUCCCACAUAAUGAACUCUGCAUGGAAUAAAGCUCAUACAGAGUAACUGAAAGGAUGCCAAUGAAUAAUUUACACAUAUAGAUUUCAGGUUUCUGUUUUACUGUCUAUCAUUGACCCGUUUUAUUUAGCUGUGACAUUUCCUGCUGCCACAAGUACUGCUGUUGAAUUCAAUUUGAACAUCUAUUUGUGUGUCUCUGCUGUUCGUUACUGCACUUGUACUUGAACUUGCACUCCAGACAUUUCCUUUAUAUUCACUAGUCACAUUUCUCUCUCUCUCUCUCUCUCUCAGUACAUCGUUUGCCAUCUCUUUUCAUGAUCCUCUUUUCAUUUUUCAUCCCUGUUAUUCACAUCAAUCUAAACC